AUGCUCCUCCUGUGGCUCGAAGCUGCACUGCUCUGGUGCCUGGGGGGAAAUGGCGGCUCUCUGAAGACCCAGUGGGCGCCAGCCAUCACCACAGCUGUUGCUAUCACCACCCCGCGCUUCAAGCUGCACGGAGUUUUGCUGCCGGGGAACCGCGGGAGGUUCCCCCGUUACUUCAGAGAAGAGGAAAUGGAGUUGCUGGUGCCCCGUGCAGCUUCGAGGGAGGAGGACGCGCUGGGGCCGCGGCGAAAGUACCUCAAGGCGCUGCGGGGAGAGUGCGAAGAGCCCUCGAUCUGCGACUGCGGCCUCAAGUCCUGCAGGGCGGUGGCCCGCCGCAGGCGCCAGCUGCAGGCUCUUGCAGGAAAACUUCAUGAAUGGAAAACUCAGAAAAAUCCAGAACACUGGGGGACUAAGCUUUUGCUGGUUGUGCGCCAUGCGCAGAGCACCGCCAACCAGCGCCUCCGGACUCUCACGGGAGUCGCUUCGUUGGCGUGGAGCAACCUAAGAAAGAGGAGCUGGGGCCCCGUGGAUCCUGCGCUUUCGGCGAAGGGCCGGGAACAGUGUCGCGCUGCAGGUGCAGAUAUGUUGUAUUUGAUGGAGCUGCUGGACUCGCUGGGUUCGCGGGACUUCUGCUUCCAGAGCUUCAUGGUUUCGCCCAUGACCCGCACCCUGCAGACCGCGAGCUUGAUAUUCGGGGGCAUUGGGGAGCGCAUGCGGUGCCCCUCGGAGGACUCCGGGGGGACAGAAGAGGGCUAUUUGCCCUGGCUAGUGGACCCUUUGCUGCGGGAGAAGCUUACGAAUCUGUCGGACACGGGCACGGAGUACGGGGAGCUGCGGGAGCAGCUGCAGCAGUUGUACUUGCGUCAAACGAUCCUCUCCGGCGUUUUCGACUUCACCGCAGUUCCCCCGGGAACUCGCUGGUGGCUCUUAGACUCAAAAGAAAGUCUGCAGAGACUCCUCGAGGACUUCCCCGCCAUGCCCAUGCCCCAGGGCAGCACCAGUAGCUCCAAGUUGCCCGCUGCAGCCAUUACUUUGGAGAGGCGCUCGGCAAACAGAAGCGUUGUGAGUCUAGGCGGGGCCACUCCUGCGCGUUUGUCCUCUGCAGAACAGUCUGUGAAGGCCGCAGUCGUUGCAAGGCAGCGCCAGCUGAUUUCGGAAAUGGAAGACGACAAAUUGCAGAACUUCUGGGGAGCCGUCGGCAACACCGGCCCCCCACAACCGGAGUCCUGGGACCAUUUGAAACUCAGGGGGACUCUGCUGCUCCAGACUCUCUGCAGAUCAGAUCCCACAACUUUUCUACUAGUCACGCAUUCCCAUCUCGUUACUGCCCUCGAUGGCCGCGGCACCAUGGGCAAUGCAAGUGCGAAGCCGCUGCUGCUGCACUGCGGCAGAAAGCCGUACGUCACCGCGCUCUGA